AGCUCGAUCCAAGAUAUGCACACAAGUAGAUUUACUUCAAUUCCCUUCUUCAUUUAGAGGAGUUGUUGUUAUUGUACCCUCUUUUCUAGAAAGGAGAGUUUCUGAAAGCUCCAGAGAGCUAGCCAUUCUGCACGUAGAAGGGGUGACCAUGAAGAUGGGUGAGAACACUGGCAACAAGAACCACCUUCAUCAGAACCAAGUUUUUGAUCUUUCCCUUGACGUGCAUGCUCAAGGCGGCUCCAAGUGCUUCGAUGAUGAUGGCCGCCUCAAGCGAACUGGUAAUGUUUGGACCGCAAGUGCUCACAUAAUAACAGCUGUCAUAGGGUCGGGAGUUCUGUCCCUGGCUUGGGCCACAGCUCAGCUGGGAUGGAUUGCGGGGCCAACUGUCAUGUUCUUGUUCUCUUUUGUCACUUAUUACACUUCUACUCUUCUGGCUGCUUGUUACCGUUCAGUGGAUCCUAUCAAUGGAAAGAGAAACUAUACUUACAUGGACGCUGUUCGAUCCAACCUUGGUGGGUUUAAAUUUAAGAUAUGUGGGCUUGUUCAAUACCUGAAUCUUUUUGGUGUUGCCAUUGGCUACACAAUUGCCUCAUCUAUAAGCAUGAUGGCUAUCGAGAGGUCAAACUGUUUCCACAGUAGCGGUGGCAAGAAUCUAUGCCAUAUGAAUAGCAAUCCAUAUAUGAUUGGUUUUGGCGUGGCACAAAUUAUUUUCUCUCAAAUUCCUGACUUUGAUCAGUUAUGGUGGCUCUCCAUUGUUGCUGCAGUCAUGUCCUUCACUUACUCAACAAUUGGUCUCGGUCUUGGCAUUGGUAAAGUUGCAGAAAGUGGAACUUUAAAGGGAAGUUUAACUGGUAUAAGCAUUGGAACUGUUACUGAAACCCAAAAGAUAUGGAGGAGCUUCCAAGCACUCGGAGACAUAGCUUUUGCUUAUUCUUACUCCAUCAUCCUCAUUGAAAUUCAGGACACAGUAAAAUCCCCACCAUCAGAAACAACGACAAUGAAAAAGGCAUCACUAGUAAGUGUUGGAGUAACAACUCUAUUCUACAUGCUGUGUGGCUGCUUUGGCUAUGCUGCCUUUGGAGACUUAUCACCUGGAAAUCUCCUCACUGGUUUCGGUUUCUAUAACCCUUACUGGCUGCUUGACAUAGCCAAUGCAGCCAUUGUUAUCCACCUUGUUGGUGCAUACCAAGUUUACUGCCAGCCCCUCUUUGCAUUCAUCGAGAAACAAGCUGCUGCAAGAUUCCCAGACAGUGAAUUUAUCACCAAGGAAAUUAAAAUCCCAAUCCCAGGAUUUAGAUCCUUCAGUCUCAAUCUCUUCCGUUUGGUCUGGAGGACAAUUUUCGUGAUCCUAACCACUGUGAUUUCGAUGCUUCUUCCAUUCUUUAACGACGUAGUUGGUCUCCUUGGAGCUCUAGGAUUUUGGCCACUCACAGUCUACUUCCCUGUUGAGAUGUACAUAGCACAAAAGAAGAUACCAAAGUGGAGCACCAAAUGGCUUUGCCUGCAAAUCCUAAGUUUUGCUUGCCUUGUUAUCACUAUAGCUGCCGCUGCCGGGUCUAUUGCAGGAGUUGUUCUUGACCUUAAGUCUUAUAAGCCCUUCUCGACCAGCUACUAAUUCAGUUGAAUCGAAAUGGUAGUCGCCAUUCAUCAACAUUUUCCAAGACAAGGAAGAAUUUGAUUAGGAUUUUCAGUUCUUGUUCAUGUUCAUAUCACCUAAACAGUCGUGUCACUUUGUAUUGCUCUUGGUUUGUUGUUGUUUCUUUUUCAUCUUUAAUCAAACGAAGCAGGACCAACGUAUCCAUGGACGUAAUAAUUCCUGCGUCCCCAUUUAAGCUAUGUGUAACUGUGUCUAUUUUCCAAAUGCAAAAAUACAAAAAGUUAAUCCAAUUAAUUCUAGUUUGUCUC